CAUUUCUUCGACUGCGGUAGGCAUUUGCCAGAAAGUUCGCGAUGCCGUCGUAAUUCACCAUCAGCCCUUUGUCUCGCCUUUUUUUCGCGGUUUUAUCCCAAAAUAUGAAUAUGGCCACAACGAUGCUUCCAUUUCUUUACCAAACCCGCACCAUUCAGCGUCUUGUGCGCCCAAAGCCGGCGCACCUUGCCUUCUGUUCUCUGUUGCAUGCAACUUCUGCGCAUAAUUUCUCUUCCUCAUCGUCACAUCUUUAUUGGCGUCCGAACCAGGCUGAGCCCAAAUUCAAUACCGAAGACCCCAUUCCUUUCGAACUCCCUGAAGACCUAGCAGCCGACCCGAGAUUCAACCCGCCGCCCGAAAACGAACAUGUCGAAGUUGACGACGGGCCGGAAACAUCCGGGACAAUUACGCCCAAGGAGCGUCAAGCGUUUGACCACAUAUUUAAAGAGAUAUCGCGCACUCCCCUAAGCCCAGGCGGUGAUGGGGCGACUACGACUAAGGAUAUUUUUGGUUCCUUGGUAGACUCUGGCGACAUGUCUGGAUCCUCGAUGAACUCUUCCAGGGUGUCUAGUCCUGAGCAAAGUAUAAUCAGCAGCAUUCUUGCUGAGGCAUCGCAAAACCUGCUGCCGGGAACGAAUUCAAAUCAUAGAGAUCUCUUGAAGAGCAUGCGUCAGCUGCACAACAUUGAUCCUUUUGGUCGCAACGCCGGUUCAGACAUGUCAGCGCAAGAACGUUAUGAAAAGCUUCUCAGUUUCCCACCUAGUCUCCGUGUCGCCGCCAAAAGGGCUCUUGGAAUUCUCAAACCUGGCGAAAAGGCCGACUCAGAGCGCAAAAUGACAUCCUUGGGGCCAGAAAAGGCACAUCCAGAGCAUAUGCCCUUGAACCGAGAAGAGUAUAUGGCAGGUCGAAAAGACCAGUCAGCUUUGAAAACUGAGGCAUCCCAAACAGAUGAGGCAAGCGUGGAGUUGGAUGAAAAGCCCUCGCUUCCCGAUGCAUCAGAGGUGUCAUUCGAGACGUCCGGGCCGUCGCCUAUGGAAAGCGAGGGCAGCAUAGACUCCAGAAUCAAUGCGAAUGAGUUAAGGAACCGGGAGCGUGGGCGGGUCAACUCCCUCAUGUUGCUGACCAAGUCUGACUUUGAGCUAUGGGACGUCUUGGAGCGCGAGGUAUUUUCCAUGGUUUCCCGACUAGGGCUUGACGCGAAUGGCAAACCGCCACCACGUCGUAGAAAGAAGCCGACGAAGACAUCAGAUCCUUCUGUAGCAUCUGUCUCACCUGACGGUGAUACCCGGCCUCGGCUCGACUUGCUCGUCCACGGCCCGCUGUAUUCUUCCCACAUCAUUUCUGGACUGAAGACUAUGGACGAACUCUACCCUGGGUCACCACUGGCACUUGCAAUCCUCCCGCGGGUCAAAGCGCUGGGCCUAGCAUCCUACAUCCUGGGGGCCAGUGUAGAUCUCUACACGGCACAGAUGAAGCUGCACUGGGGCCGCUAUCGAGACGUUCGGGCCGUCCUCGAUCUCAUGGAUGAAAUGAGAAGUGCAGAACUCCUCUUUGAUCAGAGACACAUGUUCAUGUUGGAAGAAAUGGAACGUUCCAUGCUGCUCUGCGUCAGUGGCAAGAGAGGCGAUGCACUGGCAAAUAUCUUUGCUUCGCCAGAGUGGGCCACGCUGCUGGUAACACGAAUCGCACACUUCAAAAACUGGAUGCAAAUGGACGUCAAGAACCGCCAAGCCAACCAGUCGCGCUUUGUUGCUGCGUAGGGCAUCCAGUUCUGGUUAUGCCAGGAGCUAACAUUCCAUGGGAUCAAAAACGUACAAAUAUAUGUGCCUUAUUUAGUGUACACUACCUCUCGACGGAUGUCGUGCCAUUUGUAAAAUAGCUUACGUGUAAAAUCAUGUACUCUGUCCUGUAAUAUAAUAUCUCAUUCAUAUUGGCUCGGCUCUAUAGAGGCCAAAGUAUCCAUGAUGGAUCUCAGAUUUCAGCCUAUCCAUGGAGAUUUCAACCCAGACUUAGGGGAAAGACCAGAAACACCAGCGCGCUGAUCCCGG